AUGUCUGCGUCAAGCGCGCCACCACUCGAUGACCAGGCAGGAGGUAACUCAGCGCCGUUGCAGACGCUCACGGUCAUGGAUCAGUCACGGACGACUUGCAAUUUCGUCGAGUGUCUGCCUCUUUACGUUGGCAUGCUGUUGAGCCGUGCGCUCCACGUGAGACACCAAGAGUCUUUGCUACAACUGGGUUCAACAGACUUCCUGACCGCAAUGGCGCAUCUGUAUCACGCCGCUCGCAGUGUUGGGCAUUGGGAUGCACCUUGGGCCGACUUGGACUUCUUUAUCAAAGAUCAGGGAUUGAAGAGUCUUGGUCUUCUCGAGCUUCCCAAGGUCAAUACUAUCUUUGCGGCCGCGAAAGCGUACGGCAAAGUCAUGGGAGUCGACUCUGGCGCGUAUAACAGAAAUCUCACACGUAAGCGUUGCUGCGCCGACUUCCGGGUACCUCUUCCACCGGAAACGAUGUCUGCCAAAAGUCAAACGCCCAAGACAAAUCUUUCAGGUGGAUCGCAUUUCUUCAACGCGCUCAAGAAAGGUCAGGAGCAUGGCGAAAGCCUUGGCAUUGAUCUGCACAAGACCAGUCACAUGUCACUGCAUACACUUGCGAAAGAUGCCUUGGACGACCCAGCCUGUCCUUUGAGUGCACAGGAGCGAUCAUCCUUGCGUACGCAGCAGGAGAUGACGCCAGUGCAGCUGUUGACCUUGCUGGAAUCGCCGAUCAAAGCUUCCGAUGCACGAAUGGCGUUUGAUUACUUCGACCUACUCAACACAUGUACUUUAAAACUCCAGGCCAUAGGCGAGGCUUAUCGCGAAGAGGUCGGCGAUCGGAGGGCGAGCAGAGGCUUACCGAAGGAGCACAAGCUCCGGGACAUGGUCGACGAAGUCUUAUGGGAGGCCGCUUGUGAAGCAUAUGAUGGGAUAGCGGCUGCUAACGGCGGACAAUCACUUCUCGCGAGAAUCGGGGAUGUCCUUAGCAAGAAUCAUACCGGAGAUAAGGGUAGCGCAUGCUACAACGCAGCGGUAGCAAUGACUCGCGUAGAGCCUUCCACCACGCCGAGACCUAACCGGAUGCCCACCAUCGCAGCAAUGGACCAGCAUCUGACAUCUACUUUGCCGCGAGUCGUCAUCGGUGGUGCUCUUCGGGCAAACAUCAUCGAGAAUUGGCUGCACUUGUCAGUGCUUGCACUAUGGUGGACUCGUCUUGCGAUGAUGGCCUUGUUAAACCCAAAUUCGGGUCGCAUCGCGCCGGCGCAACAGCGUGGAGACAACACGGAUACCCGAGCCGCGCUGAGUUGCAGGUUCUUCGAGAGUAUGGUGCCCACAUACAUCAAUCUCUCCGAGAGUCGUGGCUACCAAAAGGCGCCCCUGGCCUUCGACCGUCUGGAUAUCGAGAUCAAAAGAGCUGUUGAUCAUGUCAUUACACCCGAUGGUCGCAUUGACAAUGACGACGCUCACUUCGUAGCCAUCAAUAUCGCAAUGGGUAUUGAUGCCACGCAGCACGAACAUUCUAUCAAGUACGCGGUCAAGCUGAUUUGUGACUGGUCGGUGGCUUGUAGACCAUCUGCAGAUGAGACCAUCAGCUCACCGUUGGCCCAUGCGGUCAACAACUUAUCAUCAAGUCUAACCCGAGAGUCUGGAUCAGAUACAAAGGCUCAGGGGUGGACACCGACGUUCAGUAUCAGGGAACUACCGAUCACUCCGGCAUUCGCUUCAGACGCAUCUGCAGCCUCUACAUCUCAACCGAGGGAGGAUAGCAGUGCUUUGCCAAUCCAUGCUGGGACUCACGUGAACAAUCGGCAUUCCGCCAACACCGCUAGCAAUGAUCGAAGCACACCGACCGAUUUACCGGAUGACUGGGUCGACAUCACAACCACCGAUGCUGGAACCCAGACUGAACAAGAACACAGCGGAAUUGCCAGAGUCGAUGCGAUACAUCGCCGAGCUCAGCUUCUGCUGGCAUACGAGGCCACAUCACUGCAACACCGCAUUGCAGCAAGAGAGCUGUCCGAAGAUGAGAUGCGAGCUGGCAACAGGCCUACCAGUGCCUCAAGUCUGGAAGGUCAAGAUCGCCUUGUACGCCGGAAGAUUGCUGAAGCUGAGGAGCUGCUGGCGAUGGCUGGUAAGGUGAGAACAGAACGGGCCAAGAUGACCAGGGAAGAAGGUCUCCAAGCGCCGGGUGAUGAUGCUUGGUCCACUGGCGCGGACGAUCAAGAGGAUUCUGAUGAUGGUGAAGAUACAUCCGAGUCCGACGAAGCGGUGGGAGAAGGUACGGGAGCAGGAGAAGGAUUCGGUCAGAGAAAGUGGUCAUGGUUGUACGGUUGUGUUGUUGCAUGA